CUGAAAUUUGAGCUUGCUAGAGAGUAAAUAUGGCACUGAACAAAAUGAGCUCCAUUCUCAUGGUGAUGUCUGUAGUGCUGCUGGGAACAGCCUCACUUGCCACAGCCGCAUCUGGCGUCGCCACGUUCUACACUGAAUACACUCCGUCGGCGUGCUACGGGAACGCGAACAUGAGCAACAUGGUCGCGGCGGCGAGCGACUCGUUCUGGAACAACGGCGCCGUGUGCGGGCGGUGCUACCGGGUGCGGUGCACCGGAGCGGCGUACGGCGGGUCCGGCAACCCGUGCACCGGCAACAGCGUGACCGUUAAGAUCGUGGACGAGUGCGCGAGCAGCGACGGGUGCCAGAGCACCAUCGACCUCUCCAAGCAGGCCUUCGCCAAGAUCGCCAGCGUCGACGCCGGCGAGGUCAAGGUCACCUUCAACCCCACGAACUGUCCAUAGGGUUUUAUGACGUCCACUUUCGAAGACAAGAUGAGAAGGAUAAUGUAGCAAAUAAGAUCCUGCAUAUGUGCAAUGCAUACAAGCAUGUG